GGCUUCUCCAAACUCUAUCUUAUCACUUACACGGCAGCUUUACGUACCUCGUCCCAAAAAAGUCCAGACCUACAAAAAAGCCACUUUGCAUUUACACCAAAACUUAAACUCCGUUCCAAUGACUUCGAAAUCAGGUUCUUGACUUGAUUCGCGAUAUAUGGUCCUGUAGACUUAUCAGCUCCAAGCUCUGCCGCAUGCCAGAGCUUGCGACAGAGCUAUUUCGUCUCUUACCCCUCUAGCUCCAUAUACUAUUUACGACUCUCAAGGCAUCAUGAUACCACGACUUUUUCAGUUGCCAUGUGGCCUUGCCGCCACUCUUUUGGCAACUCUUUGCUUGAACUCGGGUCAUGUUCUAGCUGGGCCCUCCGUUAAUGUUGCUAUGAAAGCUGCAUUCCCAGCUCCUCCCUAUCUCGUCGAGCUCUUAGAGACUGCUGCCGGAGAGAACGCCACAUCUUACUUCCCACUCCUCGACCGAAUCGCCGAUGGCACCUUUGCGAAUUCGAAGACAGACAAGGAACUAUACGAGAAGUUCCUCCAAAUUUUAAAACAAGAUGGCCACAUGGGAAGUUCGGAGGCAUUGUCCACUUUCAAGCUUGCCCUUUCUAUGAGGUCAGCAGCUCCGAGGAUAGAGGCUCAUUAUCAAUACUACGAUACAGCCGUAGCACCCUCCCUAGGAAAAGCCAGGACCGACUGCGCUGAGUGGGUGCUCAUGAGCGGAAAGCAGUACUGCUCAGCUUCGCUUGCGCAUGCCGACGGCCACAUCUCAGGGGACUCGCAAAUACGGUUGCUCCCAUUCGAUCGCGCUUUAGGGGCAGGUUCAGAAGUGAUACUAUACGCGGAUAUCACCAAACCUGAAUUUGGGCCCUUCCAUAAAUCCCUAUCCGAGAUGGCCCGAAAAGGGGAGGUUUCGUACCGGCUAAGAUAUCGCGUUGACCAAACCGAGGAACGAGAACCGCUGCCGGUCAGCGGGUACGGUGUGGAGCUUCAGCUAAAGCGAACAGACUAUAUUGUCAUUGACGAUCGCGAAGCCGAAUCUGAGACGAGCUCGGCCGCUAAGUCUACGCCUACUGAAGUCGUGCUCGACGGAGAAGAGGAGGUAACAGACCUAAAGCCGCUGUCAAGUUCCGAAUUGGCAUCAUUAGGUCUCAAAGCCGGUUCUUUUAUCAUGCAAAGCGAUGACCCUUUCCAAACGUUGAUCAAGUUGACUCAAGACUUCCCGAAGUUCUCUACGUCUGUCGCCGCACAUAAUGCUUCAGAUGCUUUCGUUAAGGAGCACCGUCAGAAUCGAGCCCUGAGCGUACCUGCUGGGAUGAAUGUCCUCUGGAUGAACGGCGUCCAGCUGAUCGAACGGCAAAUCGAUCCGUUCACCCUCGUAAACAGCAUUAGACGGGAAAGAAAACUUAUCGAUGGUGUGACAAGUUUGGGAUUAAGCGGAAAAGAAGCCGUGUACCUACUUGGCCAUCGCGAAGUAACAUCGGCCAAGUCGUCCGACGAGCCUCGUAGAUUUGACUGGCGGGACGAAAUUGAAGAAGGCAGCGUCAUUAUCUGGCUGAACAACAUCGAAAAGGACAAGCGAUACGCCGAGUAUCCCAAGAGUCUUAUGGCACUUAUGCAAAGGACUUACCCUGGGCAGAUUCCUCCGAUCCGUAAGGAUAUAUUCAAUCUCGUUGUUCCGGUUGACUUGACCAAGCCAGAAGAUCUGUCCUUAGUUGUUGAGCAACUCCAGGCUUUCAUAAAAAGGCUACUCCCCGUCCGCUUCGGACUAGUACCGUUGACACCAACGAAGACAGCCGAGGAGCGAGCGAAGGUAGCCUAUCAUCUGUUAGAGAAUUACGGGCUAUCCAGCCUCAUAUCUUAUCUGGGGGCUUGCAAUACGGGGGAUGGCUCUGAACAGGCACACUUUGAUAAGGCAAUUAAAAAUCGCACCCCGAAGGACGAAGCCGCACCCCCUUCGUUCAAGGAUAUCCUCGAAUCAGAAGACCACACCAAACAAAUCAAGCUUGUGAAUCAUUGGGUAGAGCGACUCAACGCCAAUACCGAAGUGCCUCCGCUGUUUCUCAAUGGUCUUGCCAUACCGCGGGAAGACAAUUGGCUUCAAGUCAUGAGCAUGAGAAUGGGUACCGACCUACAACUAGUUCAACAGGGAAUCUUCACAGGCACGAUCGACGAUGAGACAUGGAUCCCGCAGCUCUUCCUAGAGGGCGCAGCAACUCGACGUAACCUCUAUAUUUAUCCCGACGGCGAGAAUACUCUCAUCGUGUUAGAUAUAAAUAAGCUCUAUUCCGAACACAACGAUCUGUUCGAACAGGUUCCAGUUAUCGAAGCAAGUGAGGACACAAGCAAGGAGACCUGGGCUACUCUGACAGUUGUUGCCGAUCUGAGCUCGCAGCAAGGUCUCCGUCUUCUCUUAUCUGCCUUAUCAUUCCGGCGUAACAACCCCGGAGUGCGUCUUGAUAUUGUCAAUAAUGCUCAGAAAUUGAGCAGCGCGCACGAAAUCAACGCGCUGCUUAAGAAGGACACUGCCAAACUCUUGGAAGUUGAAAAUUUGGAGACGCUAGAAGUCCUCUUAUCAAGCCCAGCUGACGGGCAGGAUGACGGAUAUAACGCAGCGUUAUCACGUUUCCUAACAGCCGCAGCCGUUGCCCCAGGUGCUCAGUUUCUCAUCCUCAACGGUCGUGUGAUCGGCCCAUUUGUUGACAACUCGGGAUUUACGGAAAAUGACUUCGAGCUACUACUUGAAUUCGAGCAGGAAACAAGAAUACUCCCGGUGUAUAAGGCAGCUGACGCGCUAGGCUUGGCGGACAAGAUCACCCAUCCUCUAACUGCCGCGAAGCUUACGUCGGUAACCGCUCUAUCCACUAUAUCUGACCUGCCCGAGGGGAUUUUCGAAUCCGCCCCGACCCUAAGAACGGCUCUAUUCGACGCAUGGAAUUCCACCCACACGAUGAUCGACGUUGGUGAUGCAUCCACGGCUAAUAUCCACUUUGUUGCCGUGAUCAACCCUGCCAGCGAGAUAGGACAGAAGUGGGCUCCUAUACUCAAGGUUCUAUCCCAGCUAGACGGUGUUUACAUGCGCAUCUUCUUGAACCCAAAAGAGAAAAUCGAAGAGCUUCCAGUCAAGAGAUUCUACCGAUACGUCUUAGACUCGGCACCAUCUUUCGACGAGGAUGGAAAGGUCAGCGCUCUCGGCGCUACAUUCAAGGGACUUCCUUCAGAAGCUCUUCUCAACCUUGGCAUGGAUGUGCCACCUGCUUGGCUAGUAGCAGCGAAGGUUUCAAUUCAUGAUUUGGAUAACGUGAAGUUGAGCUCCAUCAAAACUGACGUAGAAGCCACCUAUGAACUCGAGCAUAUCCUUAUCGAAGGUCACUCACGAGAAGUGUCGGGCGGUCCACCCCGUGGUGUCCAGCUAUUACUCGGCACAGAGCUUGAUCCCCAUUUCGACGACACAAUCAUCAUGGCCAACAUUGGCUACUUCCAGUUCAAAGCCAACCCUGGGUAUUACAAUAUACACCUCAAGGAAGGAAGAAGUUCAGAAAUCUUUGACAUUAUCAGCGUGGGCGCAAAAGGAUAUAACCCUGUCCCCGGUGACGAAGGUACCGAAGUUGCUCUCAUGGACUUCCAGGGUACGACUCUAUACCCGCGGCUGGAAAGGAAGCCUGGUAUGGAGCUAGAAGACGUCCUCGAAGAAAGCAGUUCGGAGGGCGGCGACGAUCUCCUCUCUCGCGGUCUCAAGUUUGCCGAAGGAAUCCUCGGGACAAAGCCCAAGCCCAAGUCGGUCUCAAACGAAGAACACGCCGAGAUCAAUAUCUUCUCCGUGGCGAGCGGUCAUCUAUACGAGCGCAUGCUCAACAUCAUGAUGGUUUCCGUCAUGAAGAACACAAACCACACGGUCAAGUUCUGGUUUAUCGAGCAGUUCCUGUCUCCGUCCUUCAAAGAAUUCAUACCCCACUUAGCUAAGGAGUACGGCUUUAAGUACGAGAUGGUUACGUACAAGUGGCCGCACUGGCUCCGCCAGCAGAAAGAGAAGCAGCGCGAAAUCUGGGGCUACAAGAUCCUAUUCCUAGACGUCCUCUUCCCCCUGUCCCUCGACAAGGUGAUAUUCGUCGACGCAGAUCAGAUCGUCAGGACAGACAUGAUAGACCUUGUCAAUCUUGACCUGCAGGGCGCGCCCUACGGUUUUACGCCAAUGUGUGAUUCUCGGACUGAGAUGGAGGGCUUCCGCUUCUGGAAGCAAGGCUACUGGAAGAAUUACCUCCGCGGGAACCCCUAUCACAUCUCAGCCCUCUACGUGGUCGACCUUCGCCGCUUUAGGCAGCUAGCCGCGGGCGAUAGGCUCAGGCAGCAUUACCAUCAGCUAUCGGCCGAUCCGGGCUCCCUCUCUAACCUCGAUCAGGACCUGCCAAACCACAUGCAGUUUGUAAUUCCGAUCCACAGCCUACCGCAAGAGUGGUUGUGGUGCGAGACGUGGUGUAGCGACGAGAGCCAGAAAGAAGCGCGAACCAUCGACCUAUGUAACAAUCCGCAGACCAAAGAGCCGAAACUCGACCGAGCUAGGAGGCAAGUUCCGGAAUGGACCGUGUACGAUGACGAGAUCGCCGCCGUAGAUCGACGGAGGAGAGGAUCAGUCACAGAUGGCGACACCCAGAAGGUGCUUACUAUUGGUAGUGAGGAAAAGAACACCAAGAGCCGGACGCUCGAGGAGAAGCCUGAUGUAAAGACGAGGACGAAGGAUGAAUUAUAAAUUUUUAUAUAUUUGCGCACCUAUAGAUCACCUAUAGUUAGAUAUUUAGACGUAAUUGAGUCUUUUGACAAACCCCCUGGGGUCUGAUUAACCAUCGCACAUUUAUAAAUCAG